AUGCAACCACUUGGUGAAAACAGCAACAACACUGAACAAUCAUCCAUGGUCAACAGCGAGCCGCAGCAACCACAAAUGCCUCCUCAAAGAAGACGUUCAUUGUGGGAUAGGAUUUCAGCUGGUGCUUUCAACGCGUCUCAAGUUGACUUUAAGGGCAUGCGAGCCAUGGAUGCCACUGGAUUUGCUCCAACAGGUGCCAAGUUUGAUGAGACUUUUGGUAGCUCGGCCUUGUAUGAAACAGCUUUCAAUCGUCCCAAGCGUGAUGAUGCUUGGAAACGUGAGCGCAACGCUUUAGCAGAAGAUGCUUUGCGUCAAAUGUCUUGA